UGAUAUGACCAUAAUACCCUUGGAGAGGAUGUAGGAGUGGUGUUGUUAAACCCCUUCUUCAUCUUCCUGAAUCCUUCACCAUUCCAUUUGGGUGAAAAUGGCUUUAGCUUCAGCUUCCUUUGCUUCUCAAUUGCUUCCUCUUCGCUCUCGGUUGAAGCCAAAGUCCCUCUCUUUUCCCUUCCCCUCUUCUUCUUCUUCUUCUUCUUCUUCUUCUUCUUCUUCUUUUUUAACUCGUCUCUGUCUCACACCAACUUCUCGACCCUCGUUAUGCGUAUCAGCAGCAGCAGCUUCCAAGAGCAAUUCAAACCCAGUUGUUGAUUCUAAAAACCAGAACAAAGCAGACUCCGAAGAGGGUCAGGUGGAGGUGGAAGAAGACCUCCCAUGGAUUCAAGACAAGGCCUUGGACAUUGUGGAGUUCACUGGCUCCGUCACUCAGGCCAUUCCUGGCCCAAGAGUUGGUUCCACUUCUCUCCCUUGGAUUCUUGCUCUUCCUCUUGCCUAUGCCGGCCUCACUUUCGUCAUUGCCUUCGUUAAGACCGUCAAGAAGUUCACUUCCCCAAGAGAAAAACGCAGGAGAUUGGUGAAUAAAAAUGCUAUGCUAUGCAAAUCUAUCGAUGACUUGUAUCUGAAAGGAAGAGAUGCGGUAGAACCAGAUGAGCUCAACCGUCUUGCCCAAAAGACAGGUUUUGGCAUAGAAGAGAUUUUGCGCAAGUACAUACGGUAUGCUUUGAAUGAGAAACCAUUCAACCCAGAUUUGGUCGCUGACUUAAUUCAGCUCAGGAAAGCUUCUGGAUUGGAUGAUUCCCAGAUUGCUGGGAUUUUAAAUGAAAUCUCAAGAAGGAUUGUGCAAGAUAAAGGUCCAGUUGUAAUGAAUAUAUCUGGUUAUUCUGAAAAGGGUUUCAAGAGAAAACUAGCAGUUCAGGCCCUCUUUGGAAAGGUUUUCUAUUUGUCUGAGCUUCCCGAAUUCUGUUCGAAGGAUAGCUCCUUAGUUGUCAAGGAAAUAUUCGGUGUUGCAGACGAGGAUGCAAUCAAACUCCGGAUGCACACACUCUCUGAAGCAGGGGAUAUGGAUUCACUCGAGAAGAUGGUUGAUGAUUCAGAUUCUGAAAAUUCUGAAGAUGGUUCAUCUGAUGCUCCUUGAUUCAUAUUAUCCACCAUGCCAGUAGAGAAAUUAGUCAGAAAAUUUUAAAAUGAUUUCUGACAAGAAAUGGUCAUUACGAGGCAUUAUUCAUAGGUUAUGUUCUUUAGGAUCAUGUAUAGUAGAAAAAUUUUGGUUUGAGAAGAUCAGUUGGCAAAAAGUCUGUCAUACAAAGUGAUGGUUUUUGCUGUAGUUUACUUGGAAGUUAAUAGAUUUGAAUCGGAUUUUGGUGAUUUGGGUUUUGCAAAACAAAACUAAAGGAUGUCAAUUUUAUGUUAUGGAAAUGAAAAUUUGAACUAGAGCCCAGCUAUUAUAAUUU